GAGUAGAAAUGGAUGGUGCCACGUUGAGUGGCAGCAGUACCAAAAAAGCAGCAAGUCUAGGCUAGCUAGCUGGCAAUGCAAUAUUAGUACGUAUAACAGAGCAGAUUGCAAAAUAGAACCAUUGCUUGCAGCUCCAUGUUAGACUCACCCAUUCAUAUUCCCCUCUUUUCUCUACUUUUCAUGUACAAAUAAAUUUACAUGCAUCUCUGUGUGCGUAUAAAGGAUCAGCCAUUAUUUAACAAGUUGAAAGAAGAGGAGUGUUGAAUGCUGGCAGAUCAAAAGUUCACUGAAAAUGGAAAGCGACAAGUCAAAGGGAACAGGAUCUAGCUCUACAGAUAUGUGCAGUCCGGUUGAGUUUAAGGGUUUUAAUGGUAAAAGUUGUGGUGUUGGACCUGAUAAGUAUGACACUACCAAAUUGGAGGGUAGAGGUGAGGUCCAUAUUGCUGAUGUUGGCAAGAUUAUCUUGCCAGUUGGUGUCAAAAAAGUGGAACUUUGCGCUAAAGAAAAUCAGCAAACUAGUAUGAAGGAUGGCCUUGAUAAAUUUGAACCAUCACUACUUAGGUCAGAUGAAGGUACUUCCUUGGAGAUGCUAACUUCCUUAAAACAAGGGGAAUCAAAGAAUGUAUUUGGUUUUGGAGACCUUGUUUGGGCAAAGGUAAGGUCUCAUCCCUGGUGGCCAGGACAAAUAUACGACGAGAGUCUAAUACCUUCUCCACUAGAUCAUGCCAUGAGAGAUGGUUCAGUUCUAGUCACCUUUUUUGGUGAUUAUAGUUAUGCAUGGCUUGAUCAUGAUCAAAUCAUCCCUUUUGCACCUCAUUUUGAGGAGAAGUCAAGUAAAUCAAAACUUCCAACUUUCAUUGAGGCAGUUGAAGAAGCUAUUGAUGAGCUGAGAAAAAGAGCAGUACUUGGCUUGACUUGCUUCUGCCAGGGUAAUUUUCAGCCUACAAGAUCUGAAGGGCUUUAUGAAGUUGAUCUUAGCGGGUAUGACCCUGGAGCCAUUUAUUCAUCAAAGCAGAUUAAAAAAUCUAGAGAUGGUUUCCAGCCACAUGGGAUGCUGUCAUUUGUAAAGAAACUGGCCAAGUCUCCAAAAUCUUUGCAGAAUGUUUAUUGGAUAAUUAACAGUGCAAAGGUUACUGCUUACAGAAAAGCGGUCUUUGAAGAGAAUGAUGAGAGCUAUGAUCAGGCAUUUGAGGAAUUUGAAAAAAGUGAUGAGGCCUAUAAUCAGGCAUGUGGAGUGAAAGCCUCAAGAUCAGCGGAUCCGGUAGAAUUUUCAAAAGAUGGGAAUCAAUUUACAGGUACUGUUGGUGCUCAGGUAGAAGCUGCAGCUCCAAAUGGACCGAGAGUAUCUGUAACAUCUACUGAACUUGCUGAUCUACAAAGGAAUAACAGUAUUAAUAUGGAGAAACCUAGUGUUGAUGUUGCAUUACAGAAAUCAGGACCUGCUGCUCUUCAUUAUGAACACAUGUAUGAGACUUCAGUUUAUUGUAAAAUGAGAAGGUCAGGGGUAUCAAAAGUACUGGAUAAAUCUAAAAUUUCCCAAGCACUCAAUGUGCCUAAUAUGAUUACAGAAGAGAAAUUGCAAAAUGUCAAAUGCCCUACCCUUCCUUUUGAUGCAUCUGUGCUGAAAAACUGGGAAAAAUCGUUUGAUGAUCAAGGGGAUUGCUCGAAAGAAUCAUGUAGAGGAGAAACUAAAAGGAAGAGGAGGGAAGAGUCUCCACCAGAUGACCAGGGUCGGAAAGGCAAGUUCCAAAAGGAUGCCUUCUUUGACUAUCUAGUAACAAAAUCAGGUGAAGAAGCCGAUAUAAUCUAUUGUUGCAAAGGUGAGAAACAUAACAAGAUUAAUGACUAUGGAGAAGAACUGGGAAAUGCUACUGGUGUGCUUAAGCAUUUGAAGCAAUUCCGAUCAACCUUUUACGAAAAGGAACAUGAGAAGACUUACAAAAAGCCGACACUCUUGAAAUGCCAAGACGAACGUAUGACUAGGAAAGAAGAGUUGAGGGGCUUGAAGUCCUUGCAUAUGACUAAGAAGUAUGGUGAUCGCAAACCUUUGACACCCCAAGAUGGGGAUGACAUUGACAUUGACAUCCAAUCAACAUCGUCAGUGCAGUCUGAAAAGUUCAUUGAGGAGCCUGAAAGGAAAGCUGAACCAACAAUGCUGGUACUAAAGUUCUCUCCUCAAACCAUGCUUCCAACUGCUUCAGAAUUAAAAGCCAAGUUUGCAUAUUUUGGGCCAUUUGAUGAAACAGCACUCUGUAUUUCGUGGGUAUUAGCAGAAUGUCGAAUUGUUUUUAUGAACAAAUCUAAUGCUCAGGCUGCGUACGACUAUGCAGUCCAAAACAGAACCUUGUUCAACUCUGAUGUGAACUACCAUUUAAAGGACUUUGAUGGUUCAGAAAAAUUGAUGAAAGAAAGUUUUGAUGACAUUCAGUAUCUUGAAGGUGAAUCACAUCCUAAGUCAUUCCAGGAGUUGCCUUUGCAGUUCGAUACUGAGAUGAAGUCAUCAUUACCCCAGGAAAAUUCAAAGUGCAGGUCUGAUUUAGAAGAAGAGGCAUAUCUCAAAGAUAACACAGAUGCUAACUCCAUAGUUUGUGAUUAUACAGAGGUUGAUGUAAAAGUCAAUGGUGGUUCUGAAAACUCUCAAGUGGUCCUUUCUGAAAUCUUGUGUGCUUCAAGUCCUGUUUCUUCUAGCAUUCAGUAUAAACACAAAGUUGGCAGUCUGGAUGAGACUGUUGUGGCCAUUAAUGCCAAAUAUUCCAUGGAUGAGAGAUGGAAGAGUCAUUAUCAGCAAUAUCUCAGUUCCGUUAACAGUUCAGAUUUGUCACUUCAGCUGGCUAACCUUUUCGAAAAGUGCAAUGAAAUUUUGGGUGGAAUUGAAGGGUCACAGGAACCGUUCAGCAGCCAGAGUCAACUCAAAUGAAUGAUAAGACAUGCUGAUGGAGAGGAUGAACACUGAGAAGAGUAUAAAACUUAUGAUCGAAAGCAUUAUAUAUACUGUUGUUUCUGGCUAGUUCUUGUUUACCUUUAUGUGUAAGUGAAUUUCCUCACACGUAUUAGUAGAUUGUGCUGAUUUCAGACUUUUAAAUUGAACUGUAUGAAGAGAAGUUUGUUUGUGCUCUUCUAUGUCUGAAAAUGGAUUAGAGCUGGCUUCUAUCAGCAAUUUGUAUUCAGUUGAUUGCUGAUGCAAGAAUUAUUCUUGUUGGUUC